AUGACUUCAACCAACGGCGGGACCAGGACCUCAUCGAAAGAUCCCGUGGACAUCGAGUUCUCGAGUAUCGACGACGGAUUCCACCGCGUACAACGUGGUGACAACGGCGAGACCGUCAAUAGCAACGAGUCCAUCGACGGAUACGAUGCCGAGCGGAUGCGAGCUCGGACAUCCUUGACCGCCGAAGAAGAGAAGAAGCUGAUACGACGGAUCGACUGGCACCUCAUGCCGCUGUGUUCUAUCAUCUUUAUGUUCAAGAACUUGGACUCUGACAAUGUCUCCAACGCUCGGAUCAUGAACAGAGGAACGCCGGAGAAUAUCAUGACGCAGUUGGGACUGUCGUCGGAUGCGUAUGCGCUGGUCACCGUGUUGUACUAUAUACCAUAUAUCGUUGGCGAAGCGCCUUCCAACCUGUUGUUGAAGAAGUUCUCCCCCUCGCAUUGGCAGGCGCGAAUCAUGGUCACCUGGGGCAUUAUGCUAGCCUGUCAUGUUGCGGUCACGAACAAGCAAGGUCUCUACGUGACACGCUUCUUCCUGGGACUGGCCGAGGCGGGAAUGUUCCCGGGUAUCCUGCUGCAAAUGACGUACUGGUAUCGGCCUGAUGAGAUGUCUCUGAGGCUCUUAUACUUCUACAUAUGCGGUAACCUAUCUGGAAUAUUCAGUGGCAUCCUCGCAUUCGCUUUCGAUCACGCCUCAGGGGCAGGCGGAUUGUCUGGCUGGCAAUGGCUGUUCCUGGUAGAAGCCAUCGCGACGAUUGUCGUGGGAGUUGCUGUGUGGUUUCUGCUGCCCGAUUUCCCCGAAACAGCAUCAUGGUUGACGGAGAAGGAGAAGGCCUUCAUCCAAGCCCGGCUACCAGCCAACGCACCGAGAGCCGCCGAGCAGGACUUUGACUUCAAAGAGAUCAUCACGUCUCUCAAAGACAAGCGUUUGUGGCUCUUUACCAUGAUAUGGGCCUUCUUCACGGUCGGCACUUCCGGUGUGCGCUUCUACCAGCCCACCGUCAUCGCCAACCUUGGUUUCACCUCCAUCGCCCAAGCCCAACUGCUUAAUCUCCCCAUCACCAUCCUCGGUCUCAUCACCAUAGGAGUAUCGGGCAUAUUCGCCGACAACGGGCGCCUCCCAAGACCCCUGUAUCCCAUGGCUUUUUUGACCAUCAUCCUCGCAUGCUACGCCGUCCUAGUGGUAUACCCCAACACCGGCGGAGUAUUCGCAGCGACAAUGAUCGGCAACGCCGUCGCCGCGGCCUGGUACCCGAUGAUGUGGCCGUGGCGCGUGCAGACGACGAGCCGAGCAACUGGCUCUGCAUUCUCUAUCGGCUUCGUGAAUAGCUACGGCCAGAUCGGCGGGGCCAUCGGUCCCCAGCUGUUUCGCGCAGCAUACGCGCCUCGCUACCAGAUCUCGUUUGGGGUUGCCAUGGCGCUCGUCGCGUGCUGCAUGGUCACUACGCUGGUGACGUGGUGGGUGACCCGGCAGACGGAGGGCGACACCCGGAAGCUAAAGCUGGCUCGGGUGGCGGCUGGCAAGCAAGGGGAGGCUAUCUUGGAUGACCUUGUCGAUAAUGACCUGAGGAAGGGGGAGAGUCGUGACACAUAG